AUGGAUGAUACCACACUUAUUAAUAGUUCACCAAAUGGGAAAGCUGAUCCAAAGGUUAAAGUAAAUGAUCCAGAUAAAAGACCAUUAUUAACUGACUUGGGUAAGAGUUCUAUAAAUAAAGGGUUUAACAAAGUUAAUGCAAAUGAUUCUUCUAAAGAGUUGAGAAUCUUGAACAAUGAACUAUCCAAGGAGCUUGCUGAGGUCUCUAAAAAAAUCGAUCAAUUGAAACAAUCUAUAAAGAUUCUCAACCGUUAUGAAGAACAGGACAAGAACUUGAAGCUCAUUGAAAAAUGGAGAGGUGUCUCUAAAGCUGGGAUGUCUUAUAUAUUCAACUCAUUGAGAUUCAGGAUAGAUAAGAUGGGCGGCUAUGAAGAGUUUAGAAGGAAAGAAAUCGAAGCUGAAAAACGUAAGAUCGAGUAUCAGUUUGAUGAUGGUUUACAGAACGAGAUUGACAAUAUCUUAGAUUCUGAAGAAUUCAAAGCUCUUCCAAUAGAUGAUCAAAUUGAAUAUAAAGAGAAGAUGGAUGAAAAAAUUCAACAAGCUGAGGAAUACAAGUUAAAACAAUUCGAGAAAUUUGAUAAAGAACUAGCUAAUGCUUCAAAUAAGGAAUUGACAAUGGAAGAGUUGGCUGACCGUUUAAAAGUUGAAUACAAGUUAAUAUUUUCUUCGUGA